CGUUUAACGCCCUCUGUUGCGCCUCCGUUUCCCGUUCUUGUUUCCCUCCACCGCUUCUCUCACUUCCCUCCUCCUCCUUCUCUUUCACGGUUUCACCCUCUGCUUCUAGUCAGCUCUCUCUCUCUAUUUAAUUCUCCAUUGGCGUGAAUUCCAAACUUGCUCGCUGUUGUUAUUCUUGAAAACCAAUUUGAAGCAAGCCUGAACUUGAAGGCUGAUUUUAUCUAUAUACAUUUCUGUUACCAUUUGCAUCAAUGGAUAGGUUCUCCAUAGAUGAGGUCAAUGAAUUGGAAAGAAUAUAUAAGGAGAUGGGAGAAAAAUCAGUUGACCAGAAUUUCUGCAAGUCGGUUGCCAUAAGCUUUAGUUCCUCAUCAAGACGUGCUGGUAAAGCUUCUUUAACUUGGGAACAGGUGCGGCAUUGGUUUCAAAAUAAACUGAAAGAGUCAGAGACUAAUGUUGCUUCCACUACCAGUUCAAUGAACCUAUAUAUCGAUCUUUCAGAAGCAUCUGUGUUAAGAAAUGGGCAGAAAAGCUCCUCAAAUGCAAAAGGCAAACGAGCAGAAGAUAUCUCAGAGUUGACAUUUGAGGCAAGGUCUUCAAAAGAUGUUGCAUGGCAUGAUGUUGCAUCAUUCCUUAACUAUAGAGUUUUGAGCACAGGCGAACUUGAAGUGCGUAUUCGAUAUGCCGGAUUUGGUAAGGAGCAGGAUGAGUGGAUUAAUGUAAAAGAGGGGGUGCGUGAGAGAUCCAUCCCUUUAGAACCUUCAGAGUGUCACAAGGUCAACGAUGGAGAUCUUAUACUGUGUUUCCUGGAAAAACAUGAUUAUGCGCUCUAUGUUGAUGCUCGUGUUGUCAAAGUCCUCAGAAGGCUCCAUGGUCCUACAGACUGUAGGUGUAUCUUCAUUGUUCGUUAUGUUCAUGAUAAAACUGAGGAAGGAGUUUCGUGGAACAGGUUAUGCUGUAGACCUACACAAGAGGAAUAUGUCCCUGAAGAAAUCCCCCUAAAUCCCCUAGAGGACCUAUGGGGAUGAAUAAGAGCCAAAUUUAUUGUGUUUCCCUUUCUUCCUUUCUUUCUUUAUGAUGGUAAUAUUGUUAUGUUAUAUCCAAGGAUGUUGUUUGAAUAUUUUAAAAAUAUUAUUUGGUUAGCAUCAACAAAUUUUGGAUAGAGAAAUUAUAAGUGAUCAAUAAUAUUAUGGGUGGCUUAGGCCAAGCAAAAAAGAUAAACUUCGUGUCUAAGCUACUUAUGAUUACAAUUUUAAAGAGCAGACCAAA